AUGAUCACACUGGCCAGCAGCAUUUUGCAGCACUAUAUUUAUGGUGUUAUUGGAGAAAAGGCAAUGAUAAACCUAAGGGAGGCCCUCUUUUCAUCUGUUCUCCGGAAUGAACUUGGUUGGUUUGAAAAGCCAAAAAAUGGCGUAGGAUCUCUUACCUCACACAUUGUCAGCGACACCUCAACAGUCAAGACCAUCAUAUCUGAUAGGAUGGCAGUCAUUGUGCAAUGCAUCUCUUCAAUCCUGAUAGCAACGACAGUUAGCAUGUACGUCAACUGGAGGAUGGGUUUAGUAUCAUGGGCAGUCAUGCCAUGCCAUUUCAUUGGCGGACUCAUUCAAGCCAGGUCAGCUAAAGGAUUCUAUGGGGAUGCUGCUAUCGCCCACCAGGAACUUGUUUCCCUUGCUUCAGAGGCAGCGAGCAACAUCCGAACCGUGGCAUCCUUUGUUUAUGAAGAUGAAAUAAUUAAGAAAGCAGAACUGUCACUGCAAGAACCCCUGAGAAUUACCAAGAUUGAGAGCAUGAAGUAUGGGGUAAUCCAAGGGAUAUCGCUCUGUCUGUGGAACAUCGCACAUGCAGUGGCACUUUGGUACACCACGGUUCUGGUUCAGAGAAAGCAAGCAACAUUUGAGAACAGCAUACGGUCAUACCAGAUAUUCUCGCUCACAGUACCUUCCAUCACAGAGUUAUGGACCCUGAUUCCCAUGGUCAUGUCAGCCAUUACUAUACUGAAUCCUGCAUUUGACAUGCUUGACAGAGAGACACAAAUUGUGCCAGAUGAACCAAAAACGACAAGUGAAAACUGGAUCGUCGGGAGAACUGAGUUUCAGCAUGUGAGCUUCAACUAUCCAUCACGACCAGAGGUCACCAUUCUGGAUGGCUUCAAUCUAGUCAUCGAACCUGGCCAAAGAGUAGCACUGGUUGGCCCAAGUGGUGCAGGAAAAUCAUCUGUCCUGGCUCUACUAUUGAGAUUCUAUGAUCCUCACAUGGGUACAGUACUAAUUGACAACAAGAACAUAAGAAACUACAAUCUCAGAUGGCUCAGGAAGCAAAUUGGAUUAGUUCAACAGGAACCAAUUCUCUUCAAUUCAUCCAUCAGAGAUAACAUUAGUUAUGGAAGUGAAGAAUCUUCAGAAACGGAAAUCAUACAGGCUGCCAUGGACGCGAACAUUCACGAGUUCAUCAGUGGUCUGCCAGAAGGUUAUGACACAGUUGUUGGAGACAAAGGAGGUCAGCUUUCAGGAGGGCAGAAGCAGCGAAUAGCUAUUGCAAGGACCGUACUAAAGAGGCCAGCCAUUCUACUUCUUGAUGAGGCAACUAGCGCACUUGAUGGUGAGUCUGAGAGGGUGGUGAUGAGUUCUUUAGGGGCCAAGGAGUGGAAGAACAGAGAUGAGCAAUCAAGCAAGAUUACAAGUAUCACGGUGGCGCAUAGAUUAUCCACGGUCAUAAACACAGACGUAAUUGUCGUGAUGGAGAAAGGAAAGGUGGUCGAACUUGGGGAUCACCAAACAUUGAUAUCUGCAGAUGAUGGUGUUUACUCAAGGCUGUUCCACUUGCAAAGCAACAUGAAGGAUUGA